AUGAUCUCUGAAACUGACUACGUCGCGUACAUUUGGCUCCCCCUGUUUAGAAAGCUGUUCCAUGCUGGCACCAACAUACAGAUCAAAACUGGCGAAACUACAUUCCCAUUCUCCACUGCUUCUAAGCAACAACUUUACCCAGGUGCAUCAAAUGUGACAAGUUUCAAAAUCGAUUUGCGAUUUGUCGUUCACCAAGGUGGUUUAGAAUUUGAUGUAUAUUCAGUUGAAGCUUGUUGUAACAGCGCAAAUGACGACAAAAUUAUUGCAGACGAGGAAAAGCUCAAUCGGGAAGUUAAGGACGAUCUUGAUGCAAUGAUGUCUUUGGUACAAUAUGAAUCGCGCGCCUGCACAGCAUGGGGUGUGCAAAUUAUGGGACCAUCUUGUCUGAUUUUCUCCUUACAUCUAUCAGAUCAAGGUCUCUAUAUUGCUCUACUGCGUUUUGAUAUCAUGUUACCACGAUCCACCGCUGAAUUGAUCAAGUUUGAAAAAAUUAUGGUAGAUCUCCUCACAUUUCACCGUGAGGUUCUCAAAUCAGUCAACUUUGUCAUGGAACACCUCAUCAGCAACAAGCAAUUAAAAUCACUGAAUCUACCCAAGGCACAAAUGACAUCAGCAAUGCAGGAUAGCUCUCCGCAACGGGACACCUGGUACACACCUCCGAAAGGAACUGCUUCUCGGUAA